UCUGGUGGUCGCCGCUUCCCCUAACAAGAAAUCAUGAGUGUGGACACCCCGACCAUGAUGCUAUCGGUGCUCGAGCACCUUGCUUCCGCCGAGGGCGACUUGCCGUCGGAGUCGCGAACGCACGUGGCGUCGGCUAUCUCCAGCCUCUCUUCCGCGUUCGGCCUAAACCUGGAAGACCCAAAGCAGGUUCGCGAGCUGUCCCUGAAGCCGCACACCUUGGAGUCCAUCUUCCGCGCGGGCUGCGCCGCCCUCGGAGCCAAGAGCGCCGGCCAGCAGCUCGCCGAGCUGCAGUCCUCCGAAGCGUUCAGCCAGUUCGUCAAGGUCGUCUCCGCCAAGGGAUACUUCAAGGGGGUGGAGGAGGGCAGCGAGGGCUACGACGAGCGCAUGGCGAAGCUCGUGGCCAAGUUCAAGGCGCGCACGGAAGCGGCCAGCGGCGGGCCUCCCGUCGAAGAGGCCGGGGGGGCCUCGUCCCGCUCUGCUGCUGCUGCUCCGGCGGCGGCAGCGGCGGCGGCGGCCGCGACGAGUAGAGCGGCCGCUGCGCCGGCCACUGGAGCGAAGGCCGCGGACGAGAAGAAGGCGGAGGAGGUCAAGGGGGAGGGGAACAAGCUCUUGCUGGCCAAGGACUACGAGGGCGCCGAGGCGAAGUACACCGAGGCGCUCGAGCUGUCCCCCUCGGGGCCCAACAGCCACGUCUACCUUUGCAACCGGGCGGCCGCGCUGUGCUACCUCGGCCGCAACGACGACGCCGUCGUCGACUGCCAGGAGGCCAUCGACCUCAACCCGUCAUACGCGAAGGCGUACACCAGGCUCGGCUACGCCUUCUUCCAGUUGGAAGACUACGAAGCGGCUGUCAAGGCCUACAAGAAGAGCCUCGAAAUCGAGCCGGGGAACGCCGCAAACACCAAGAGCCUCAGGAGGGCGACCGCCAAGCUUGGCGCGGGGGGGGACGCGGACGAGAUCUCCACAAGGGGGGCGGGCGGGGGCGCCCCGGGCGCGGGCGGCAUGCCGGACUUGUCCGGCCUGGCGUCGAUGAUGGGAGGGGCCGGAGGGGCGGGGGGGGCGGGGGGCGGCUUGGCGUCGAUGAUUCAGGGUUUGGCCGGGGUUGGCGGUGGUGGCGGCGCCGGCGGAGAGGGGGGAGCCCCGGCCGGUGGGCUCGCGGGCAUGCUCAACAACCCCAACAUGAUGGCACAGGCGCAGCAAAUGAUGCAGAACCCGGCCAUGAUGGCACAGGUGCAGAACAUGAUGUCGAACCCGGCAAUGAUGCAGGGGCUCAUGGGCAUGAUGGGUGGAGGCGGGGGCGGGGCGCCGGAUAUGUCGGCGCUGGCGGGCAUGAUGGGCGGAGGCGCUCCGGGGGCGGGCGGUUCCGGGAGCAACGACGACGAAAACAACAGCUGAUAGCCCGGCCGGCCGGCCGGCCGUCUUUUUUUCUCUGCUCUUGACCAAGCGCUUCCACGGCUUGGAGGCGCGGCGGCUGUAGUCGCCCGGUAGAGUCAGCCGGCCUCCCUAACCUGCGCUGUAGAGGCGAGGCAUGACCUGUUGCUGCGUAGAGAUCGUCGUAUGCAUACGGGCCUAAGCGUCUAUUUCGGCGAACGGCCUAGAUGGGAGGGCCGACGAACUUGUGCGUUGGACCGCUCUAAUCCCCGGUCACAUGCAGGAGCUUUACAAACCGGUCGCGGGUUCGGUUUCGAGCGGUAAAAAACGGUUGCAGUUUUCAUGCCGUACUUUAAAUACCGUUGGAGAUAAGUGUCAGCGAUUGUGCGUGUCAAGGAAGUUCAGGUGGCCGUAUGCGAGACCGCGGCGGAUCCGUCGAGGUAGUUUCGCCGCAGCCUGGGACACCCCGUGUUGUAUCUAGCACUGGUCGUUUCAUCGCGAUAUCUAGCUCUGUUCGUUGCCCAUCCGGAUCUAUCUCAGUUCUUGUUUAUGUCCUUUGUGUCAAAGAGGUUGAUGAGCGCCGCUUUGUGGAGGGCAGCAGUAGGCCAGAGGUGCGGCAGCGGCACAGUUGCUCAGUGCUCGCCUGCGCCAGAAACGCGAAGCAAGACAGCAAUUCAGCGCAAAUCACAUAC